AUGCAGUUAAAAGAAAGGUGCCAAGUCCACGGAUGGAGAGCGCCAAAGUGGAAGGACGUUUGCGGGUGGGAUGACGGGAUAGUUGGCUGGAGCAAACUAGACACGCGUGAUAAGUGUGUUCUUGGGUGGUGGGAGCGCCUCUGUCCCCGUUCGGUCCAGCCCUGGCCACGGAGAUGCGAGACGGGAGGGAGGGAGCUGUCCGUGGUGCUGAAAAGGCAGCAGCAGUCAAUACACCACGCCCCCGCUGCUGCCAUUGGCUCCCGUCGCGAAAUCAAAACGCAUGAGAAGAAUGGAGGAAGGAAAUAUCAGGGGGAGAGUUAA